AUGAAGAUGAAGAUGGAUCUCUCUUUCACUCUCCCCGACGAAUUAAUAGUAGAGAUUUUGUUGAGGUUACCAGUGAGAUCUUUGUUGCGUUUCAAAUGUGUGUGUAAGUCAUGGCUCACUUUUAUUUCCGAUCCCCAAUUUGCAAAAUCCCAAUUUGACCUAGCUACACCCACCCACCGCCUUUUUCUUGAACCUGCUUACCCUCCUUUAGUUGUACCCAUAGAUACAGAGGCAUCUCUUCACGAUGAUUCUGCUAUAGUACAUCUUACUGUUCCGCAUACAUUAUUCCCUUCCCUUCAUUCUUAUUAUCUUCAAAUUUAUGGUUCUUGCCGAGGAUUUAUACUUUUAAGAUAUGUUAACUAUGAUAAUAUUUUUCUAUGGAAUCCUUCAACUGGUGCCCAGAAACUACUACCAUACCCUCAUCAACUGGUGCCCAGAUACAGGGAAGAAUUUCUAUAUGGUUUUGGGUAUGAUUCAUCAACUGAUGACUACUUGAUAGUUAUUUGGGUGUGGCACACUGAUUGGAAAUCUGACAUCCAUUUUUUCUCUUUCAAAACAAAUUCAUGGAACAAAACUGAGGGUAUCAAUUUUCCACAUGGGGAUUAUCUCGAGGAGAUAUUCAGGUUUGGGUUACUCCUCAACGGGGCUCUUCAUUGGUUGGCUUACCCUAAUGGUUCUGUUAUACAUAAUACAAUUGUUGCCUUUGAUUUGACUGAAAGGAGUUUGUUGGAGAUUCCUUUGCCACAUAAUCUUACCAUGGCAAUGAUGGCUGAAUGUUACAAUUUGGUGGUAAUCGGUGGAUGUCUCAGUCUGUGUAAUGAAUUGAGCAUGGAGACGGGUGCAAUGGUUAACAUAUGGACGAUGAAAGAAUAUAAAGUCCAGUCAUCUUGGACUACGACUAGGGUUUCGUAUACUUGUGACAUUGGGGACAAUUUUUCCCCAUUAUGGUUCACCGAAGAUGGUACAUGGGACUUAUUUUCCCCAUUAUGGUUCACCAAAGGUGGUGAUAUUGUUGUUGGAUCAAAGUUCAGUGGAGUAUUAAUGAAACUUAAUGAUAAAGGAGAGCUGCUUGAGUAUCACACGCAUAGUCCAUUCUUAGAGGUGGUUGAGGAUCGCAGGCAUAGUCCAUUCUUAAUAACUGCAAUGUAUAGAGAGAGUCUGCUAUCACUCCCUGACUUAGGGAAAGCAAAAGAUGACCAUCACUAA